AGCGCGCAGAGCCGCUGAGCCCACCCCAGAGCCUUGGAUCUCUUUCAAGGGAAAUUAACCCGGGAAGGCACCGGCGGCGCCGCGGUCCGGAGCGUAUGCCCCUGGAGAAGCUAGGCAUGAGCACCUCCCUGAGCUACAAGUCCUUUUCCAAAGAGCAGCAAACCAUGGAUAACCUGGAGAAGCAGCUGAUUUGCCCGAUCUGCUUGGAGAUAUUCACAAAGCCCGUUGUCAUCCUGCCCUGCCAGCACAACCUGUGCAGAAAAUGUGCCAGCGACAUUUUCCAGGCCUCGAACCCCUACCUGCCAACGAGGGGCGGCACCACGGUGGCGUCGGGGGGUCGCUUCCGCUGCCCUUCCUGCAGACACGAGGUGGUCCUCGACCGGCACGGCGUCUACGGGCUGCAGAGGAACCUCCUUGUGGAAAACAUCAUCGACAUAUACAAGCAGGAGUCCACAAGACCUGAAAAGAAGUGUGACCAACCAAUGUGUGAAGAGCACGAAGAUGAGAGAAUUAAUAUCUAUUGUUUGAACUGUGAAAUGCCCACCUGCUCCUUGUGCAAAGUCUUUGGUGCCCAUAAAGACUGUCAAGUUGCUCCUCUCACAAAUGUUUACCAGAGACAGAAGUCUGAGCUCAGCGACGGCAUCGCGGUCCUGGUGGGGAGCAACGACCGAGUGCAAGGGAUAGUCACACAGCUGGAGGAGACCUGCAAGGUAGUUGAGGAAUCCUGCAGACGACAGAAAGAGCAGCUGUGUGAAAAAUUUGAUUAUCUCUAUUCUGUACUGGAAGAAAGAAAAAAUGAGAUGACACAAAUAAUCACUAGAACCCAAGAGGAGAAACUGGAACAUGUCCGCUCCCUGAUGAAGAAGUAUGCGGAUCAUUUGGAAGCUGUGUCAAAGCUAGUUGAAUCAGGAAUCCAGUUCAUGGAAGAACCAGAAAUGGCUGUGUUUUUGCAGAAUGCCAAAACAUUGCUACAAAAAAUUACUGAAGCAUCUAAAGGAUUUCAAAUGGAAAAAAUAGAGGAUGGCUAUGAAAAUAUGAGCCAAUUCACAGUGAACCUCAGUAGAGAAGAAAAAAUAAUAAGAGAAAUAGACUUUGACAAAGAGGAAGAGGGCGARGAGGAAGAGGAGGAGACGGUGGACKGUGAAGAUCUGGAGGAAGCCCACACGGAGUCCUCAGGAGARGAGGAGCAGGAGGAGCAGGAGGAGGAGGAGGAAGRGGCUGAGAGAGCAGCGCCGCCACCUCAGCAGGACCCCGAAGCAGCGAGCGCCGCCGGGGAGCGUCCGGCCGCGCCGUCCCCGCCGCCGCUGCCCGCCGCGCCGGCUGGCCAGGACGAGGUUAUGGCACCAGGUGGCCCUCAGCAGGCUGCAGAGUCUGACAGUCCCGUGUCAUCAGCAGCAGACACCGCCGAUCCCUUGUUUUACCCUACCUGGUAUAAGGCUCAGUCGCGGCAAUCAAGCAGUCCGAGCUCGGCGCCCGUGAGCGGGCUGGGGAAAGUAGGGCCUGCUGCUCCCCCAGAAACGAGUGCCCCGAAGGCAGAAGCCCCGGUGGUGGCGGCAGCCGYGAAGGAGAGCGCAGCGGGGAGUGGUAAGGAAGGUCACAGCACGGAGGCAGCGUCCCAGCUAAGCUUUGGUUACAGGAUGUUUCUGGAUAAUGGUGGGUUGGAACAGCAAAUGGAAGUGAUCAAGGACAGCAAGAGAAAUGACAAGGGUGGCUGUGAGCCGUGCGCGGAGGCGCCGGCGGCGGCGAGCGGCGCGCGGGCUGCCGAGCCGCCUCGUCACGUCUUCUCCUUCUCCUGGUUGAACUCCCUGAGCGAGUGAUGACUCACGCGGGCUGCCUCCUGGGUGCUGCUCCGAGGGGCCGCCCGCCCGC